AUGUUUCGCUUCACAAGCAGUCGAUUGCUUCGACCGGCGCUAGCCCUCACAGCAACAGUAACCACAGCAGGACUAGUUCACAGAACUGCGUCAAAGCCUCAAUCCCAAAGAAAUUCGUUCAACGACGCCCUAUGGAACACCACAAUUCAUCCACUUCCAGCUGCGUCCGAGGCCUCACAGUUCUCGGAGCCAUCUGCGGACCGUGCCGGUUUAGAGAUCCCCGAAUUUCCAUCCUUCAAAGCAUCAGAAGUCCGUUCACAUGACGGGAAGAAGGGCGAUAGAAGUGUGUGGGUUGGCUACGGUCGUGGUGUUUACGAUGUCACGGAAUUUGCCGCUUCCCACCCUGGCGGGGACCAGAUUUUGCGUGCGGCAGGCGGGCCUUUAGAGCCGCAUUGGCGAUUGUAUGCACAGCAUAAUGCGGAAUGGGUGCUCGAGAUUCUGGAGGAAUUGCGAAUCGGAAACUUGAUGCCGGAUGAAGAAUGGAUUCAAGAGGCUGAAGACAUUAAUGAAGAGGCGGGGCCGUAUGCCGAGGAGCCAAUUCGAAGCCCGAAGCUCAUUGUUCAGGGAGAAGCACCUUUCAACGCUGAGCCUGAACUCAAGCUUCUUGUGCAUGAUCAACUUACACCAAAUGACUUGUUUUACGUCCGCAAUCACAUGCCUGUACCUGUCAUCCAUCCCGAGGAGUACCGUCUGGAAGUUGUUGACACUAACGGGAAAAUGCUAGUCUCGCUCUCCCUAGAAGAUUUGAAGAAGCUUCCAAAACACGUUGUGGCUGCCACAAUACAAUGCGCUGGCAAUCGUCGCAACGAGUUGGAUGCCGUGAAGAAAGUCAAGGGGGGUCGCUGGGAAGGCGGGGCGAUCAGCAACGCCGAAUGGGGAGGUGCUCGUCUCGCAGAUGUACUUGCUCUGUCGCCGAGCAGCGCGAAAACAAUUGAGAUCUCUGAAGCACACCACUUGUGCUUCGAAGGUCUCGAUACUGAUCCUGGGACGGGAGCUGUCUACGCCGCAAGCAUCCCGGUGGACGUUUUGCAUCGCGUUCCGGAUGUGCUACUCGCCUACGAAAUGAACGGGGAGACUCUGCCGCGGGACCACGGCUACCCCGUGCGAGCGGUCGUACCUGGUAUUGUCGGAGCGCGUUGCGUGAAGUGGCUGGGGCGAGUCGUACUCUCCAAGGAGGAAUCGACGUCGCACUGGCAGCGUCAAGAUUAUCGCUCAUUUUCCCCGGGUGUGGACUGGGACACCGUGGACUUCACGAAAGCGCCCAGCAUCCAAGAAAUGCCGGUAGUGUCGUCAAUCUGCGAUCACUCGUUGGAUGGCGAAAAGAAAACGAUUUCGAUGAGUGGGUACGCGUGGUCUGGCGACGGCAAGGGUAUCAUUCGAGUGGACGUGAGUGCUGACGGAGGAAAGACAUGGCAGGAGGCUGCGCUGCGAAAGAAGGGGUCGCAAAAGAGGAACGAGACAUAUGACUGGACGUUGUGGGAUGCAACGAUCAAGGCUCCUGCAAAUGGGAAGACGGAGCUUGUGUGCAAAGCCGUGGAUUCAGCGUACAAUACGCAGCCAGAACGUGCUGAGUCAAUCUGGAACUUAAGAGGAUUGCUGAACAACGCGUGGCAUCGUGUGGAUGUUGACAAGGUAUGAUGAGGUGUUGUUGCUUUUUGAGCAGGGAAGGAGAAGGUGCGCAGGCGGUAGCGACCCUUGGCUAUCAAGGGUCCAGCGGUUGUGUUUUUGGAAAGUUACAUGUGUUGCGGGAAUAGCUCGCCUGCACUUUUGGCAUCCUACCGCGAGAUUGGUCAUGAGCUCAGAAGAAAGCCGGGUGCCUCCAUACGCAGAAAACAGCGAUAUCUACAGGUUAUACAAACACUUUGCACGUCAAACGUUGCUCUCUUCCGUAGCAAUCCCGCGCAUGCGACCAUAAAGCCAGCUUGCGGAAA